UACAGUAUAAAAUAAUAAUCGGAAUGAAUACAUCAUAAUGAGGUUAGAUAGGUUCUUCUUUCACCUGUAACCUGCCCUUUGCUUAUAUGACUACACAGUCUAGAAGCUGUCCUACGGAAUAUUUUAAUCUUGGUUGUAUAUAUAUGACAAAACAGGUAAGAAUAAAAAAUUUAAAGUAGAUUGUAAGGAACCUUAAUUUUUGUAAUAAAAAUUAAUUUAUAAGUAGUAUUAAGUCAAUGUUGUAAAAAUCGUAUAUCUGGGAUAUAUUUAUAAUGUUUUUUUGUAUAUAUUGGUUUGUUUACAAAAAUUUUAUGAAAAACAUGAAAAAAAAUGUAUCAGUUUUUGUGAUAAAAGUUGUGAAGUAUGAGUAUGUUUAAAUGAAUUACAUACUACAAGGAUGUAAGUGUGAGAAAGUAACUAAAACGAUACUAAAAAUGUAUAGGAGUGUAAAAAACUGAAUAUUUACUAUUUUAUCAACUCAUUUUGUUCCUUCCUUUUAGGUUGGAAUAAUUGCUUUUUUCACAUUUUUAAACUUUUCUUUGUUAUUAUUUGAAAAUGAUUCUAAUUUUUGAAAGGAAAAAGAAAACUUAAUUAUUUUUAAAACCAAAAAUAUCAGUAAAAUAUAUAAAAAACUUCCAAUAAAAUAAUUUAGAAACUAGGUUACGUCAAAAACAUAAUAAAAUGAUAAGAGACUUUUCUAUUCAAAUUAACCAUUUCAGAAUGAUUUUUUUUGGAUUUUUGUCAACUCUUACCUUAUAACUUUUUGAAAAUGUUAUAUUACCAUGAUUAUCAAUGACAGUGACUAUUAACAAAAAUUGAAUUGCCAAGAAAAUGACAGAUAAACAAAAUGUAAAUGUAUCACCAUUCGUAUAAAAAAUAAACUCAUGUUAGAUAUAAAAAUAUUAUCAAUACUUUCGAUAACUUUAAAAAUAUUUCACAAUACCAACGGCGACUGUACAUGGCCAAGCUGCAGUAAUGAAGAAAAUGUAGUGUGUCGUCACGGUGGCAACUGCAACCCCAAAGAAUCAGAUUGCGAACCAGUACCUUUCACAAAUCAACAAAGAAAUGAACUUUUAUCCAUGCACAAUGAAUAUCGAAAUGACAUAGCUGGGGGUAAAGACAACCGGGGUGGUGCUAGUGAAGCGGCAAACAUCAUGGUAUUAAACUAUGAUUUCGAUUUGGAAUACGUGGCGUCUUGUACGGCUAAUACAUGCAAAAUGGAACACGAAUCUUGCAGAAACACCAACAAAUUCUCGUCUGUCGGACAAAAUUUAUACAUGGGAGGAUCGUUGAUGAAUUCCGUUAAAAAGUGGUACGGCGAGAUUGUUUCAAUGACGGCGGAAAAAUUUGAUAAAUUGAAAGAUUUUUCGGGGGUAGGGCAUUUCACUCAAAUAGUUUGGGCGAAAACCACUCACGUAGGUUGCGCAGCGGCGCGUAAAGGAAACACAUAUUUAGUAGCUUGUAAUUACGGACCGGCGGGUAAUUUGAUAGGAUCGAAAGUUUAUAUAAAAGGCAAUCCUGCAUCUAAAUGUCCAGAUGGUACUCAAUACAGUCGAGUGUAUCGCGCUUUAUGCGGUGUCGCUUACAAAUUGACACCCACGGGAACAGAUUUUGUUGAAAUGAGUCAAGGUUUUAGAUCGCACGAAACAAUAGGUUUAAUAUAUUUGUUUGUAUGUGUUUUAUUUAUUUUGAUAUAAAAAAUAUUUGAAAUGAAAGAAAUUUUUAAAUCGGGCACAUCUAUCGCGAAAUCGUACAAAGUAGCAGUCUGUUAUAAAAUGUAUGUAGUGUAUGGACUCCUAUACCGUCUAUAAUUGAAUUUUAAGCGGCACAAACCACUGGAAAUUGGUCGAAUCACGAGAUUAUAAAAAAAUUUUCUAUGAAAUGUAAGUGACUAAUGAAUAUAUUAAAUAAAGUUCUUCAAAUAUUA